GUUGCGAACAUCUUAUUUUAUUUUAUCAUUUUUCAACAUUUUCACAAUGGCAUCCAGACCUGUAAAGAAAAGGAAGCUUACUCCCCCCGGAGAUUAUGAGCGCCCAUCUCGGAAGUCUGGUGCAAAGAUCCAGAAAGCAUUCUUAACUAAUGCGUCAAAUUGGGAUUUAGAGCAAGACUAUGAGACUAAAGCGAGGAAAGGGAAGAAAAAGGAGAAAGAGAGUACUCGACUUCCUCUAAAGCUCCCAGGUGGGCGUGUGCAGCAUAUAUCAGCGCCAGAAAGUAACUUCCAAGCUAUUGAAAGCGACGAGGAUUGGUUAGAUGGUGCCGAGGAUGUGUCUGAAGAUGAAGAAGCUAAAGAGAGCAAGGCUCCCGAAGAGCCUAAAAUACCCGAGCAUCAACAGAUCUUAGAAGCCAAAGAAGAGCUGGCUAAGAUAGCUCUAAUUCUUAACGAGACUCCUGAUGAAAAUACUGGCGCCUUCAAGGCCCUAGCCAAGAUUGGACAGUCCAGAAUUCCGACGAUACAGAAGCUUGCCUUGGCCACACAGCUCACAGUAUAUAAGGAUGUUAUCCCUGGCUAUCGAAUACGACCUGUGGCUGAGGAUGGACCAGAGGAGAAGCUUUCAAAGGACGUGAGAAAGUUGCGAACCUACGAGACAUGUCUCAUCUCGGGCUAUCAGGCAUACGUAAAGGAACUCACCAAACAUGCGAAGACUAGUCAUGCACAAGGCGUCGCGAGUGUUGCUAUCACUUGUGCUUGCAACCUGUUAACUGCCGUACCCCAUUUUAACUUCCGAUCCGACCUAGUCAAGAUACUAGUCGGGAAGCUAAGCACGAGGCGUGUCGAUGACGACUUCAAUAAGUGUCUCCAAGCACUUGAAACCCUAUUCGAAGAAGAUGAGGAGGGUCGCCCAUCCAUGGAAGCAGUCUCGCUUCUUUCCAAGAUGAUGAAAGCCAAAGAGUACCAAGUGAACGAGAGCGUUGUCAAUCUAUUCCUUCACCUCCAACUACUAUCAGACUUUUCGGGAAAGGGGUCGAAGGACUCCGUGGAACGUCCGGAUGACGGCCAUACUAGCAAAAAGCCAAAGUCGAAGUGGGAGUUCCGGACUAAGCGGCAGCGGAAACAGAUGAGAGAACAGAAGUCGCUGCAAAAGGAUAUGGCCACAGCCGACGCGCUUGUUCAGCACGAAGAACGGGAUCGCAUGGAGGGAGAAACCUUGAAACUCGUAUUUGGUACAUACUUCCGGAUCCUUAAGCUGCGAGUGCCGCAUCUCAUGGGCGCUGUCCUAGAGGGUCUAUCUAAAUACGCGCACUUAAUCAACCAGAACUUCUUCGGUGACCUCCUCGAGGCGCUGAAGGACCUUAUCCGGCAUAGCAAAGCGUCUGAGGAAGACGACGCGGAAGACAAAGAGGGAGGAGAUGCAGAAGACGACGACACGCCCGUCCGCAACCCCUCCCGCGAAGCCCUCCUCUGCACCACGACGGCAUUCGAAUUACUCGCGGGCCAGGACGCACAUAACGCUCGCGCGGACCUACAUCUCGACCUCUCCUUUUUCACAACACACCUCUACCAGACCCUCUACCCCCUUAGCCUGCAUCCCGACCUCGAGCUAGGCGCACGAUCCCUCCAUCUCCCCGACCCAGACAAGCCGCCCCAAGCCCGCGACAAGAGCCGGAAAUCCGGCAACAAAGUCAACCUACAGACGACCACCGUCCUACUAAUCCGCUGUCUAACAGCCGUCCUCCUGCCCCCCUGGAACGUGCGCUCGGUGCCCCCCGUCCGCCUAGCAGCUUUCGCAAAGCAGCUCGCGACAGCGGCCCUGCACAUGCCGGAGAAGUCGGCGCAGGCGCUCCUCGCGCUUCUCGCGGACGUGGCGGGGACGCACGGGCGUCGGAUAGCCGCGCUGUGGAACACGGAGGAGCGCAAGGGCGACGGCGCGUUCAACCCGCUGGCCGAUAGCGCCGAGGCGAGUAAUCCGUUUGCGGCGACGAUCUGGGAGGGGGAGAUGUUGCGGAGGCAUUAUUGUCCUGCUGUUAGACGGGGCGUGGGGAUUGUGGAGAAGAGUCUGAGUUUGGCGGAGAAGUAGAGUGG